GCGCUACUUGCACGGCUGCUGAAUAAAAACUUGCCUCGGAGCGUCCGGAGCCCGUCCCUGAAUAUUAUUUUUCGAGCUCACGCCACCCACCCCUUCGUCUCAACCCAUUUAUUACCCGCUGCCUGCCACGAACCCUCUUUCGUGCUGUUCUGAUUACUCCUGCCCGGCGCUCAACUCCAGUGUCACCCUUCUUCACCCUAUAUUCGACCUUCGAUUACCCCCCCUUUUCGAUGAUAAUGCCUGGGAGGAUUCUGCCUACCUUCACCAAGGCGGAGGUUGAGUCGCACAACAGCGCCGACUCCUGCUAUGUGACCUUGGGCUCGAAGGUAUACGAUAUUACUUCGUUUGUUGAAGAUCACCCUGGAGGUGGAGAACUGGUUCUGGAAUACGCCGGCAAAGACGUGACCGAAAUCCUGCGGGAUCCGGUAUCCCACGAGCAUUCUGAAUCGGCAUACGAGAUCUUGGAUGACAGCCUGGUAGGAUUUAUUGGUGCCGAAUCAAGCGCCAAAUCGGCAAAUGGAUCUUUGGCAAAUGGCAAUAAGGAAUCCCGGCCGGUCUACGCCUCCACUGGCAUGUCUAACGAGGAGGACUUAUCCGUGGAUACAGACCCCAACCAGGACUAUAAAAAGCACAAAUUCUUGGACUUAAAUAAGCCUCUUCUCAUGCAGCUGUGGAAUGGCGGGUUCAGCAAGGAUUUUUACCUGGACCAGGUUCAUCGCCCACGCCACUAUAGGGGAGGCGAGUCCGCACCUCUCUUUGGCAACUUCCUGGAACCCUUGAGCAAAACUGCUUGGUAUGUUGUGCCAAUCGUAUGGAUGCCUCCUGUCAUAUACGGGACGAUCAUGGGAACCGCUGGGCUGGGGAGCACUCCUGCCGCCGUGGGUUAUUGGAUCUUUGGCGUCUUCUUUUGGAGUUUGAUCGAAUACUUUAUGCACAGGUUCUUAUUCCAUAUCGAUAAGUUCCUCCCUGACAACCGAGUCGGAAUCACCCUACACUUCCUCCUCCACGGCAUCCACCACUAUCUUCCGAUGGAUAAGUACCGACUUGUUAUGCCGCCAACUCUAUUUGUUGUCCUGGCUACCCCUUUCUGGAAAUUUGCCCACACGGUUCUAUAUUACAACUGGUAUGCUGCCCUGCUGGCAUACUGCGGCGGCGUUUUCGGGUAUAUCUGCUACGACGUAACACACUAUUUUCUUCACCACCGCAAUCUUCCUCCAUACUACAAGGAGCUCAAGAAGUAUCACCUUCAGCAUCACUUUGCGGACUUCGACAAUGGCUUCGGUGUUACAAGCCGGUUUUGGGACAGGAUUUUCGGCACUGAGAUUGAAAUUCCUCCUCCCAAGGUUCUGAAGACCCAGUAGAUAUGGAUGUUGUUAAUCGUCUAUACUUCAAGUGGUCUAUCAGUCCGCUACGUCUCCCCACAGAGGGGGGAUGAUCUUCCCUUACGAAAUAACGUUGUGGUUGCAUUGAUGUUAUUGACUGUUACUUGCAUUGGAGUGGGAGUACUCUAUCC